CCUAAGUAUUUAUUGCGUUUUUUACUAACUACGAAGAAAACCUUUGUCUUCCUUAAUUCUUCCUUUUAUCCCUAAUCCCAAUUCCCUUUAAUCCUCCAUGGGGAAAGGCGGUGGCUGUGUCCCAAGCAAAAAAAAGCAUCCUUCCUCUGCCGAAGAGGCGGCCCGCCACCGUGGUUCCACCGCCACCACGACCACCGCCACCAACAACGCACCCAUCGCCGCCGAUGAAGAAUUCCACGAAACUCCCACUGCAACGGUGAAUUCGACGGAUACUCAAACAGUUACCGCAACUUUAAAAAUCUUCGUUGUUUUUUACUCCAUGUAUGGUCACGUGGAGAAGCUGGCGAAGCGGAUGAAGAAAGGAGUCGACGGCGUGGAAGGUGUCGAGGCGGUUCUUUAUCGGGUUCCCGAGACGCUUCCGGCUAAUGUGCUGGAGCAUAUGAGGGUGCCGCCUAAAGACCCCGAGGUUCCGGAGAUUAAGGCGGCGGAAUUGGCGGAGGCGGAUGGGAUCCUCUUUGGGUUUCCGACGAGGUAUGGGUGCAUGGCGGCUCAGAUGAAGGCCUUUUUCGACUCCACAGGGCAACUUUGGAAGGAGCAGACGCUAGCCGGUAAGCCGGCUGGGUUCUUUGUUAGUACUGGAACACAAGGAGGCGGCCAAGAAACCACAGCUUGGACGGCAAUAACUCAGUUGGCACACCAUGGAAUGGUAUUUGUUCCCAUUGGCUACACUUUCGGAGCUGGUAUGUUCAAAAUGGAUUCGAUACGAGGAGGUUCACCUUAUGGUGCGGGAGUUUAUGCUGGUGAUGGCACAAGAGAGCCAACUGAAACAGAGCUGGCUCUUGCAGAGCAUCAGGGAAAGUACAUGGCUGAUGUGGUCAAGAGGCUUUCUCAGGCUUGACAUGCCCUACAUUUGGGGACUACCCAUAUCCUGUUCAAUAUUCAUUAAUUGGAAUGUGUUUGGCUUUGUCGUUGGUGUUGGCAUUUCUCCUGUGACAAUCAGCAUGAAAGAAAGAUGUCACCUGAUGUUGGUAUCCUCUCUUCCUUUCAGUUGAGAAAGAUGUACAUGAUUUGAUAUUCUUCUGUCUUGUCUUGGCUCAUCAAAUAAGAUGUUUAUAUGUGGGAAUUGGGAUUCUUCAUUUGUAUAAUUUUCUGCGUGUAAUUCACUCAAAGCUUUGAUUCAACAAAAUUUCAUUUUCUUUUUCUAGUCAUCCAAGGCCAAUCUGAAUUCUCAUCAUCAUCCUCUUGUAUCUCUAUUGGAUUAACCAUCCAUU